AUGAUCUCAUUUCGUAAGAGGCUCAUGAUUAGUUCUAUAAUCUCAGGAAGCUUCGAGCAUGUUCAUGUCUCUGCAGUUUUUCAAACUAUUCAAACUCUUCUGAUGGAUUCCGCUAAAUGGAAAGUGCUUCUAAUUUUUUCACAAGUAGAUUUGAAGCUUUCGAUAGCGAAUCAAACAAUCAAGUGCGAGAAAGAAAAAUCUACAACAUUAAUCGCCAUGAAGUGUAAUUUUUUUCCUCGUGACUUUAAAGAAGCAAAAAAAAAGACUCUUCAGAUAUUUGAAAAUUGA